UUGUUCACUCAGUUUGRCUCCAUCAAUGUGAGGUGCCUGUCCACACCCUGCCACACCUCUGGUGUCGUGUGCUUCUAUGUUUGGGAGGAUGAGUGCACCGAUGAUCCCGCCGUCUUCACAGGGUACACCAUGUUCGUAGGUGGAUGCGGGCGGUUUUUCGAGGGCUCUGCCAAUCAGAUGGACCACAACCUCACCCAGGUGCUGGGUACCCUGCCUCCAGAGACGAAGGUGKUCUGUGGACACGAGUGCACCAUCAAGAACAUGAAGUUUGCCAUGCUGGUGGAGCCGGAGAAUAAGAAAGCUAAAGAGGCUCUGAGCUGGGCCAGGGCAAAYGGGAAAAAGCUGAUCUGA